GUAACUGGUAAAUUCCAAUCCGGCUACAAUCCGUUCACGAUUGGAUGUAUUGGAAAUAUACGGCGAACGUUGUGCGGUAGUCAAUUUCCAUCGUUCACAAAGUAUGAAGAAGCCGCUGCAAAACGAAGCCGAAAGAAUCGUUCAGCUGUGGAAGAUGUAAAAGUGAAUGGUGCAAUGAAGAAAGGGGAUACGGAUGAAGUAGACGAAACAACUGUGUUAUAUGUUCCGGAUAAAGAUGGAGUGAAGGAUGGUCACAUUCGAUUGAAACAGCUACGACUGGCUGACAGCCAAUCAGUUGGAACGUCGUUGUCAUUGACCGGAGCAGACCCGCCUUCUCAGCGAGAACGCGAUGGUUCCACAUGCAACUUGUUUGAUUCAGCUCAAGAUAGUCCGAAAAUGAAUAGUCCAGUGUCAUCGCCGGUGUCCGAUGCCUACCAGGCCAGUUUCGAGGAAGCUACUCGCGACGCUAUUACUCCUCUCAAAGACGCCGCUAUCGCCGCCUCACAAGUUCUCAAUGGGGAUCGUUCUCGUCCGCGCGGUUUCGCGGAUGCAGUUCGAAUUCACGAUCAGCUCAGCUCACCAGCGAAAUCUGUGGCGUUGUAG